AUGGUGUUUCUGCAGGUGAUCGCCUGCCUGGCCCUCGCCAGCACCAUCUCAGGCUGCAGGGUGCCCGCUGUCAGCCCCUCAGUGCAGCACGACGAGAGGAUCAUCAACGGGCAGAACGCGGUGCCCGGCUCGUGGCCCUGGCAGGUGUCCCUGCAGACCAGCUCGGGAUCCCACUUCUGCGGCUGGUCCUUGAUCGACAAGAACUGGGUCGUCACGGCUGCCCACUGCGAAUUCGACCCCAACUCUGACGUCGUUGUCCUCGGGGGAUACGACCUCGGCUCCGACGCGGAGUCCGUUCAAGUGAAGACGGUGGCCAAGGUGAGCCGGGCUGACAUGGCCGCCAUCACGGCUGGUCCCCGCGGGGGGCGGGCCCAAGCCUUGGCCAUGAGCCUGCAGCAGGUAGCCCUGCCCUUGGUCUCCCAGCGCCAGUGCAGGCAGUACUGGGGCAACCAGAUCACCAGCUCCAUGCUCUGUGCCAGCGGUGUCGGCGCCUCCUCCUGUCAGGGUGACUCCGGCGGACCUCUGGUCUACCAGAAUGGGAACAUCUGGACCUUGAUCGGCAUCGUCUCCUGGGGAAACAGCAACUGCAACGUCCGCACACCUGCCGUCUACACCCGCAUAAGCCGGUUCCGAAACUGGAUCGACUCCGUUGUUGCUCAGGGAUAG